GUGCGAUCCCUCCCUCCCUCCUAGAGGUUCAGUUUCCAUUUCACUUUAAGUGCAUUUAUUCACUGGCAUCAGCCCGGAGUGUCUGAAAAGAAUACCGGUGGACCGGAGGCUUGUAGACUAGAGUGAAGGAGUAACCAGUGGUACACCACUAUGGAAAGACGUGAUACAGAUCCUCCUCCUAUGGAGAGUGAGGAGUCAAAUCAGAACCAACCUGAUAAUCAGAAUAAUAAUUUGAAUGCUGAAGAGAAAUUGAGAAAGAGAAAAAAAUGUAGACAGAUUGAUGAAAAAACAAUAAGAAAAAUAGUGAAAAGUGGAAACGCCUUCAUUGUGACCUUUAAUAAACUGCUCAAGAAGACAGAGGCUUGUAAGGCGCAGCACUACAUGGAACGGGUCCUACAUUCCAUUUUCUUUUUUGGACAUAUCCACGACCCGCCCAUCUCACCAGAUAAAUUCCUUCCUGGACGACUGACUGAAGGAUUUAGAAGUCAGUUCCCAAAGCCUUUCAGCGAGUACAAGACCCAUCUCCCUUCGUACACCCCAUACUCCAUUCUCCUGGAAUAUAUGGUUGAACAUCUAAACCCAGAAGAUCCAGAUGAAUUUAUGAAUCAAUUGGCGGCUAACAAUGAAUCACUGUGGAAGAUUUCUGAUGGGGUUGGAAACAAACCCACUGUCAAUGAAUUUGCCUUAUUAGCUACUGUGAUCUCAUACUGCUGUGUUAAAGAGUCCAACACUGCAAAGGUCCUCAAGAAGGCUUAUGGAGCUUCAGUGUCCUGUAAAGGAAUGCCCCAAAGAGAAAUAAUGAUUGCUCUAUCUGCCCUGCAUGUGUGGGACAAGGCCAUCUCGUAUGCAGUGAGUUGUGAGGGGAACAGUCCUCCUAUAACGUUCCCAGAAAAAGUGCAAUGUAGCGCCUAUAAGUACAAACCAAAACGAGGGAGCUAUAAGAAAAUCCCUCCCUGUACAAAAUGUAACAAAAUGUAUGAUGUGGAGUACGACCCAGAACACCAAGAACACGACGAUGAAGAACCAUGGCCGUACGGAAACUGUGCUGAAAAUGAGUCGAUCAACAAGCUGCUGCAGAUGGACAAAGACAUUAGGAAUAACAUAUGUAUCGUAGGGAAAAAUAGGGAAAUACUGAUGAAUAGGGAGGAAAUAGAGAAUAAGUUUAAAGAAGAGUAUGAGGAUGAAAAGAAAAGAAAAGUCAGAAAGCUCCUUAAAUCUCGCAGGUUUAAGCUCAAAUCAGAAGAAUGGAAGUUCUUCACCCCUUCUCACUCACUUUAAAGUAUUGUCUCAGGUGUCCUCUGUAACCUAUAAAAUGCUAUAUAUUAAGCUGGCCAUACACAUUAAAUUUAUGUUGUCUGAAUUUGCUCAUUUCUGUGGAAUCAGACAUCCCAUAAGCAAGAUAAGGAUCGGGCUGCUGGAUUUCAAUUGCCUGGUCCUUUUGUUCUUAGGCAGAUAAACCGCUCACAAGACAAGUAUGCAUGUGUAUAGGCGCCCAAUUUGCCAAAUCGCCCAACAGUUAUUUCAUGUGUAUGGUCAGCCUUACUUUGGACAUCUAAAGAUUUACUGUCAUGAUUAAACCUAGCUUGGCCACGUAUACAAGUGUAUUUUUCCCGGAUCAUGUGUAUGGUGCUUAAUACAAGUGGGGAAAUGUGUGUAUGUGGGUAUAUUUGCAGUAAAGUGUGUGUGUAUAUAUACAGUAUACAAUAUAUAUAUACAUACAUAUACAUAUAUAAAUAUAACUGUAAUCUGUGUAAUCGAUGUUGGUGCUCAUGACCUUCUGUAAGGAAAUCUGUGAUGAGAUGACCUUCCUGAGUUCAUAUGAUCUUCAGAACGUGAUCAGUAACAGAAUCCAGAUGUCCAAUUAUUGGCCGAUGACGUGCGUCCAUCUGUCUUUACGGAUCACACAACUUGACUUUGAUCAAUUUAAACUGGGCGUACAUGGUUAGAAUCACUCUGCAGCGAUCUGAUCAUUUCCAAGGUGUACAUUCGGCAGAACAGUUUGAGAUGUACCGCUCAUCGUAUGCCCCAGAUACUGUAUAUGCAGCUGUAUUUGUCUACAGUUGCAUCGAUUUGCUAUUGACUGUUAUGAAAUACUAAACAUGUACCGGGCUACGUACACCGGGAGAUUUUCCCAGUGUAUACUCCUAAUGUUCACCCUCAACAUGGUUCUAAAUCAAGUUCUACAUAGAACAAUUUUUGGUAGUAACUUUUUAUAUGAGGCCUGUGUAUUGUUCUAAAAAAUACCAAUUACUGUGGCUAACUUAAAGCUGGCCAUAGAUUACAUUCUUCCCAAUGCGGGGUACACAUGCACAAGUGCCAAACAUGCAUGUGUUCUAAAUGAAAAGAGGGGAUAGGCACCUCAGACGGCAGCUUAUAUCGCCAAGAAAUAAGUGAUCAAGCAUGUUGAAAUCCAACUGCUCGAUCCCUCUCUCCUAUCCAAUAUCUACCGAUGGGUAAGAGUUGGGAGGCUCCUAUAUACAUUUGAAGGAUGGCCGGUCCCACCAAAAUCGGUGGGUUUUGACGACAUUAAUCUAAAUGUGUAUAACCAGCUUAACUCCCUACACCCCAUAGUGUACUGUGCAUGAGGCCUCUGUAUGUCUCUGGAAUACAAAGUGCCUUGGACUCUUGAUGAUUCAAGUUGUUCCCAAAUGUGGUUCAAUGGGCUACAGCAGCUGGACUGCAACUGCCCACACUCGCAUUGCAUUCGUUGCACCAGUUCAUAGAUUGGUGAAAGCUUUGUGAUGGAUUUCAUACUAGAAUGAGGGACAUGUAGCCGCGGCACUGUUUCUCGUCUAAGUUACAUUAUUGAAGAUUACGUUAUUAGUUUGUAAUGCUAACAAAACAAUUACAUUGAAAAAAUGAUUGCUUGGCUAUCUGCGCCAGUGCCAUAGACGUGAAUGCUCUAUUCACUCCGGGUGGUGGACCCUCAUGAAUGGUGGAAGUCCCAGCAGUCGGACCUCCAGCUAUCACCUAUCCUACGAAUUUCUGUCGCACUGAUACAUUUUAUUUUCUAUAGUAAGGAAAAGUCAGAGCAAGAGCAGAACAAUACUUUUACAGUGUGGGUGCCUCUCGGUCAGUUUUUAAUCACUUUUCCAGAAACAAAACUGAAAUGAUAGAGUUAAUAGUCUUGUCCAUUUUUGGACAGGCCUCCUACUUGAGACCCCCUCUGGAAAGCUGAUGGAAGCCUAAGGGUAUGGCUACACAGGGAAGAUUUUACUCAGUGCAUCCAUCCUGUGUAGACUUACCAUACAGCUUCAAUAGCUGUCGGACGAACGCUAGUUUAAGCAACAACCGUUCCUCCCAGCACAUACACUUGGUUGGUUUGGCCAGGCAUGCAUGUGCAUUGGGGAGAGAAGCUUAGUUGCUGCCAGACACGUGUUGUUGGCAGCUUGUCUCCCAUAAAAAAAAGGAUCUUGCAUGUUGAAAUCCAACAGCCUGAAAAUUCUUUCCCCGACGAAAUUUGUAAAGGGAGAGUCGGGACACAACCAUAUAUAAAAGACAGUUGGCUGGUCCAACCGAAAUUGACAGGUUAGGGCGACUUUACUCUUAUGUGAAUAGGGGCCUUAAAAAUUUAACAUAAUUUUCCUAGCUGAUAAAUCUUUUUGUUUUUAGGAUCAUUAAUAUCGUUUGGUGCGUAGUUAAGAUUUAUUAAUGAUGAUGUGUCUAUGUGCAUGCUGGUAUUGUAUCUCACAUCACUCUUCUGUUUUCAGCCUUGUCUGUUUAGGAAAGAAGGAAAACAGCCACAGAUGACAAAAAAAAAAAAGAGCAGAGAAAUUUUUAUUUAGCUUUAAGUUGGCUAUACAUAUUAGGUUCACACUUCAGUUAUUUGGUCAAUUAUUUCCAUCAGUUAUGGUGAGCCAAAACCAGUA